AUGGUUUCGUGGAUGAUGACGAUCAAGGCGGUGCUACUCUCUAGCGGCGUCGCAUCCGUUGUUACGUUACUUAAAGUCUCUGUACCUGUAGCUGUUGAUUUCUCCGUGUCGCAAGCUCCGAUCUUAUGGAGGUCCUUGUUGUCGUGGCUGAAACCUCCGUAUUUGUACGUCGUGACAAACGGAAUCAUCAUCACUAUCGUUGCUUCUUCAAAGUAUUACCGAAGCCACCAUGACCGUCAUGAAGAAGAAGAUGAGAUCGUUGUAUACGGUGGCGGCGGUGGUGGUGGUUAUAAGAUCCAGACGGAGGAGCUGAGUGUGACUCAACAUCAAGCUCCUCCGCGGAUGUUGGAGGUUAAGGAUUUGGAUACCGGUGCGCAUUUUGGUUUCGUUGUGGCGAAUCCGGAGGCGGAGGAGCUGGAAUUGAAGGCGGUUGAGGAGAAGGAGGAGGAGAUUACAGAUGCGGCGAAGGCGACGGCGGAGGAGGAUGAAAUUAAGAAGGAGCUUAAGAGUGUGAUUAUGGUGGAGAAUUUAGAUCUGGUUAAAUCCGAUUUCGUACCGCCGUCAAAUUUUAAUCAGAAUCGUCUUCCGCCGAGGAUGAUCGAAUCAGAGAAUCUUCCUCCUCCGAUGGAGAAGCCUCUGGUUGCUUCAAGGAUCGGUCACCGGAAAUUGAUGAAAGCAAGCCAAGAAGGUGGGAGAGCUUUGAGAGUGACGAAGCCGAAGAAGGGGAACGAGACGUUGGAGAACACGUGGAAGAUGAUAACGGAAGAGAAGAGUAAGUUAUACCGGAGAUCUGAUACGUUUAGCCGUAGAGAUUCCGGCGGUGGUGUCGUUAGAGACGGCGAAGAUGAGGAAAGAGCCGUCGCUGAGUCAGGACGAGUUGAAUCGGCGAGUUGA